AUGAAUUCAUCUUUCCAACUGCAGGCGCUUGAGGUGCUGGAGCUGUGCGAGGCAUAUUUGACGCUCUGCAAUGGCCGUUCCCGAACUCACCAAUACAUCUGUUCGAAGAUCAGUACGACACGCUUCAAGGAAAUAAGGCGUCAUUACAGAGACCUACUGUUCACCGUGCGGCAUUUUCGAUGUGUUGUUGAGCUCCAGGAUAAGGCCCGAAUCAACAAGCGGCUUACUAAAAUCGAGCAGUGCGUUCGAAAAGUGGUAUGUAUUGGUCGUAGCGAAUCUCUCCAGUGCUCGUAA